CGCGCGUGCGUGCAGUGCCUAGUAAACUCCAUCUCCCUGAACAGAGAAAUUGUUCACAUCUCCACUGGCGACAGCAACAACUGGAACAAUCUCAGUGUUACCUCAAAUACUUCCGUAUCCCCCUUAAAGAUUCCUUCAUCCUAUGUCGACUGUUUACGAACGCAUUCGUGUGGUUAAAUCGGCUACUAUUCAGUGAACGAACGAGACCGCUUCAAACACAAGACUAUUCUGAAUUCUUCACGAAGAUUCGUAAGAGAAGUUCAGGAGGUGUGGCCCCAGCCAGGAGGUGCAGGUGUAACCCCAGCCAGGUGGUGUGACCUCAGCCAGGAGGUGCAGGUGUAGCCCCAGCCAGGUGGUAGAGGUGUGGCGCCAGGAAGGUGGUGUGGCCCUAGCCAGGUGUAGGCCUUGGCUAGGUGGUGCAGGAUGAACCAGCUGUGUCGUGUGUGUGGAGAACCAGCUGCCGGAUUUCAUUUUGGUGCUUUCACUUGUGAGGGUUGUAAGUCGUUCUUCGGGAGGACCUACAACAAUGUGUCGUCGCUGGGAGAGUGUAAGAACGACGGUCGUUGUGUCAUCAACAAGAAGAACCGAACAUCGUGCAAGGCUUGUCGUCUCCGCAAGUGCCUGGUGGUAGGCAUGUCCAAAUCUGGCUCCAGAUAUGGUAGACGAUCAAACUGGUUUAAAAUCCACUGUCUCCUGGACGACUCAGGACCUGCCAGAUCUGGGACCCCACCUGAGGUGGGAUGCUGGGGUCGAACUCCCAGCGAGGAUGACAGUGAUAACAUUGACGUGUGCAGCAUUGAUGUCCCCCAUCAAUCACCCAAGCGUACCUCACCAGCUCUCAGCAGUCCCAGUUCUCACACCUCAGAUUCAUCAGUGGAUGCUGCACUCAGAACUCCAUCUCUAGAGUACUUGUCUCUCUAUCCCAAGUUGUCAGUACUCCCUUCAGGGCUGUACUCGGAACCACAGCUUAAUUCUCUGCUGUUAAAUCGUUUUCCUCUAUCCGUUUCGGCCUAUUCUAGUCACUCUAUCCACCCCUUUCUCCAACAUGCCUUUGAAGAUAGGCAUAAACUCGGUAGAUAUUACAGCAUCGGCUAUAACACCCACAGUACCCCUCCUUUAAGGAGUACUACGGUAUCAGUACCACAGAGUAUUAGUACCAGUAGACCCAGCUCACCCAUACGAAGCUUCGCUCUUCCAGCUAAGCGUCAAGCGGAAGAUUCUCUGUUCCAUAGGCCUAUGAAAAAACUAAAGCAAGCAGUGAAUAAGAAUGAAGAAAAGAUGUACACGAAUUCUUUCUUGUCUUCACGAAUGGAAGUGAAAAAAACAGGUCUUCACGAAGACAGAAUGUAUCGAAGUCUUUACGAAGAGGAUAAGAAACCACGGUAUCUCUCUGAGGUAGACAGGGAUUACGAUACGCCUAUCGACCUCUCCGUGAAGGCUAGUGAAACCUUCUCUUAUACACGCUGGAAAGAAGACAGAAACCAUCCUGAGCAUCCUUACAUCCUGGACCUCUCACUCAAGAGCAAAAUCUCGAAUCCUGAGACCCAAAAUCGAGAAGAAACCGAAAAAGAGACCGUACAAGGAAGUCUCGCUCACAUCGAGGGUAAAUAUGAGACUAAUCUAUCGUCCAACAUGGAAGAGAGUAUGCUGUCUAUCUCAUGUAUCGUAAGGACCAAUGGAAUACUCAGCUCACCAAUGAACUGCCCGGACGAUACCUACAAUACCCUAAUUCCCCCAAUAAGCCCAGUUUAAAACCCAGCUGGGCUUCCCUUACCCACUAUUUAUUAUUAUUUAUUGUAAAUCAUUUACGGUUACUGUAAAUAUAUUUAUGGCUAUUGUACUCACGUUUUCAAAAACUAAGGUAAAUCGUGGUCCCCUUUGAUGCACUUUCUAAGAUUUUAGA